GCAAAUAAAAGUAACCAAAAAUGUAUUUGUCAAGCUUGUAUGAAUGCAGUAGGAAGAGAAUUUGCUCUAAAAGAUGAUAAUUUGAAAAUUACAAAUACUAAAUGUUAUUGUGCCAAUCAUCUUAGAGACUAUGAAAAAGAUGAAGAUAAAAAUGAUUCAACUUCUAGAAUAAUAUCUUCUAAUUCGUUAGCUUCUAGUAAUACUUUAAAAAAACAAACCACAUUAUCCAAAUAUGUUGGUCGUUCACUUACUGCUUCAGAAAUUUCUAAAUUUGAAUGUCUUGUACUUCGAGCAACUGUUUCAGCUGGAUUUGCAUUUUGGUGGAUUGAAAAUCCUGAAGAGUUAAUAGGUGUAGUAUUUAUUACAUCUUCGGGAGAAACCUUAAUUUGGGAAGCAGAAGACAUUAGUAUAGAAAGACAAAGACAAGAAGAAGUAAUUAAUAGAAUUUAUGCACCUUUUAAUCAAGCAAAAGAAUUGGAUAUAAGAGUUAAUUGUCUUGUGACUGAUUCAGCUAGAUUUUAUGCAGCUGCUCGUUAUUUUUUAAGACAUGAAAUAUGUGAUAAAGUAUUUAUUCCUUGUUUUGCACAUCAGGUGAAUUGUUGUGUUAGAGAUAUAUUUAAAGAGUCUACAGUAUUCAAAAAUACAAGCAAAUGUGCUCUUCAUAUUGUUUCUUUUUUUUACUAUUCUGUAUAUUUCAUGGCUAAACUUUACAAUGAACAAAUAAGUGUUCUAAAAAAAUAUAUUAAUUUCAUUACUCCAAGUAUAACAAGAUGGAACAGUCAUUUCGAAUGUUUUGAUAGUGUUCUUAAAAAUAAACAUCUAUUAAAAACUCUUGUUACCAAAGAUGAUGUGGCCUCAGACAAUGAUUUAAAGCUUUCAACUGAAAUCAAAAUUGCUAUUAACCAUGAUUCUUUUUGA